CUCAGUCACUCAGCUGAUGCUCGUGCGUUAAGUUCACAUUGUUGUGGGGAGUUGUGAGUGUCAUUGUACGUGCCAUCGGGAUCGAUUUGCCAUCGAAUUCUUGGCAGAACAAAAACCACAAGUAGCUGGGUCCAGAAAUUGAAAUAAAUAAAUAGAAUUAUAUAAACGCCAAACCCAUACGCGAACACCCAUCUAUACGAAUAGCCUCCUGGCGGCUGUGUAUUUGUAUAUCUCUGGAAUUCCCAGUGCAUUCCGGUUUUCGAAUAGCACCAACCAACAACAGUGUCUAUAUAAACGUCGCUUUGUCAACAUCGAAAAACCCCAAAAUACAUCAAUAAAAGGUUUAAAAACCUCUCAAUAAUUAAUGCACACCCACAUGGUUACGCAAAAGUGUGAUUCAUUUGUGUGCACAAUUAAUAAUAAAAAAUUAUAACCCCUGCCUGGAGGUCUGAUAAGCGAGGCUUGAACCAAUUCCUGAUCCCAGCCUCAAAAUGGUUAAAAUGCCAGAUUGCGUGGUGGUAUGCAUUCCACUGCUUUUGGGAACUAUCUUCGUGUGCUCGGCGGAUCCUCAAAACAACCAAGCGCCCCUCCAGCUUUCAGUGGGCAAUCCCCUUACCGCUUUCACAGCUCCCACGGCUUUUCAAAGGGGAGUCAGCCAUAUCCAGUCCAUGAGAAGCAACUUCGAUACGGAUGUCCUGGUCAGCAUUUCGCAAGGGGUCCAGGACUUCGCCCUCGAUCUCCUACAGCGCAUUUCCGUCGAGGUGGAGAAGGCCAACAGGGAUUUCAUGAUAUCGCCCUUCUCCGUCUGGUCACUCCUGGUACUUUUAUACGAGGGAUCCGAGGGAGAGACCUACAACCAGUUGAAAAAAGGCCUGCGGAUCAAUGUCGAGGAUGAAAAGCUGCGAGGAGCCUACAAGGUGUGGAGCUCAUUUCUGAACAUAACCACUUCCACCAUCGAAGUGGCCAGCCUGCAGGCCAUUUACACCAGCAAGGAGUAUCACAUCAAGGACAACUACCGCGAAGCCAUUCAGAACUACAAUGUGCAGCCAAUGGAAGUCGACUUCUAUAGCCCGGAUUCCGUGGUCCAAAUUAACGAGGACACAAAUCGCACGACCCGGGGACUUAUUCCCUAUACCAUUCUGCCACAGGAUAUAUAUGGAGCCAAGAUGUUUCUGUUGUCCUCUCUGUACUUCAAGGGCCAAUGGAAGUUUCCCUUUAACAAAACGCUUACAAGGGAGGAACCCUUCUACAGCGAGAACGGCGAGGUCAUUGGAAAGAUUCCAAUGAUGGUGCAGGAAGCGAACUUCGCCUACGUCUCCAACAUAGAGGGUUUGGACGGCUAUGUGCUGGAGCUGCCCUACGGCACCCAGGACCGUCUGGCGAUGAUCGUGGUGCUCCCCAAGCGCGGAUUCAAGCUAAACGACGUGGCCAACAAUCUGAAGACCCUGGGAUUACGGCCCAUCCUCCAGCGACUGGCGGCAUUCCGGAACAGCGCCUCCGAGGACAACGAAGUGGAGGUCAUGUUGCCCAAGUUUGAGACUUCCACAGAUUUCACUCUUAAGGGAAUCCUUAUCCAGAUGGGCAUUCGCGAUCUGUUUGACGAGAACACCGCCAACCUAAGCCGGAUGUCGUCCGGCUUGUUUGCCAAGCUGGUCGUCCACUCGACCAAGAUCAUUGUGGACGAGCAAGGAACCACGGCGGGAGCUGUCACGGAGGCAGCGCUGUCCAACAAGGCCACACCGCCCAAGUUCCAGCUGAACCGGCCCUUCCAGUACAUGAUCGUGGAGAAGGCAACCGGACUGCUGCUCUUCGCCGGACAAGUGCGGAAUCCCAAGGCGGCCUAAAGAUCCGAACUAGACUUCAUUCACAUACCACAAUAAACACGUUACGU